AUUUGUGUGCGUGAGAAGAAGAAGGAGAAGAGAGGAGAAUGCGAGUGCUGUGCAAAUUUCUUGUUAACUCCGCGUUGCCCCAGCAAAUCAAGUUGGUGCGAUCUCUGUCCAGAACAGUGCCAGCCAUGGUCAAAGUAGGUGAUUCCCUGCCAACGGUGGACCUCUUCGAGGAUUCCCCUGCUAACAAGAUCAACACCGGCGAUCUAGUUAACGGCAAAAAAGUGAUCAUAUUCGGUGUGCCCGGCGCUUUUACUCCUGGCUGCUCCAAGACCCACUUGCCCGGCUAUGUGAGCUCCGCCGACGAGCUGAAGUCAAAGCAGGGCGUAGACGAGAUUGUUUGCGUUUCCGUGAACGAUCCGUUUGUGAUGUCCGCUUGGGGCAAGGAGCACGGAGCUGCUGGAAAGGUGCGCCUUCUCGCCGAUCCCGCCGGUGGCUUUACCAAGGCCCUGGAUGUGACAAUUGAUCUGCCGCCACUGGGUGGCGUGCGCUCCAAGCGCUACUCCCUGGUGGUGGAGAACGGCAAGGUGACCGAGUUGAACGUGGAGCCAGAUGGCACCGGCCUUAGCUGCUCGCUGGCCAACAACAUUGGCAAGAAGUAAAGGAUUCCAGUCUCCCCAAUACGCUAGAGAAACUCAUACAGUAACUGCUAGGCCGCAAUGAUAUCAAUUACAUCUUGAAAAGAACUAUAUGUAGCACGUACAAUAUAUGCGAUUAGAGGUGUUA